AUGAUGUCGACUUUCACAGCUUCCGGUAAGUGUGUGUGUGUGUGUGUGUGUGUGUGUGUGUGUGUGUGUGUGUGUGUGUGUGUGUGUGUGUGUGUGUGUGUGUGUGUGUGUGUGUGUGUGUGUGUGUGUGUGUGUGUGUGUGUGUGUGUGUGUGUGUGUGUGUGUGAACCACGGCCCGACUUCUUGGCCUUUGAUUUCAUGAGUGGAAAAAAGGUCGCUCGUCCCGUUUUGGGGGCCCUGGAUGCUGUCUACUUUAUUGGGCAGGGCUUGCAACGCCCGACAAACAACCGCAAACCGUCUCACGCAGGGACCCAUCCUAUGGUUUCGAAUGACUUGAGCAUGCGGCAUCUGAUGGUUGCAGCCUACUUGUGUGGAUCACCAACUGGAUUGCUGCGUCUUGGCACAGCUAUGCGACCCAAAGCCGGCGAGGCUUGCGCCUGCGUUCUGGCUGUGCGCAAGUUUGCUCAUGUCCUGUCAGGCGAGGUUUAUCUCGUAUGUGGCAUAUCGCGCAUUCAUCCAUCUGAUGACAACAUCAUUCGCUGGAAGUGCGAAGAGCGGGACGCAAGUUGCGUCGGACUUGGUAGUGAGUGA